UGUCUAUAUAUAUACCUCUACACCUUUGCUCCCUCUUUCUGAACCGCUUUUUCUCCUCUCUUAUCCUCCACCCGUUCCUUUAACCUGCGCACACCCCCUCGAUCUUAUGACUCUCCGUCUUCCUCUUCUUCUUCCUCCUUUCAAUUGAUGACUACAAACCCCGUUAUCUGGAAGCUCAAACGACGACGCCGACGCAUCGGUGAAGGGUAAUUCCGUAAUUUCACCGAUCGCCGACUUGAAGAAACUCCCCCUGGUUCGGUUUUUUGCGCACCAUCUUAAUCAAGUCCAGCCUCGAAUGGAUGUCUUGGUGGGCCCGACCUUCUCCGUCGACGUAUCGUCCUACGGCCCUGCGCAGACGCAGGACAGCCGCCACCGAGCCGGCCUGUACCUGAAUCAGGACCGAGGGGCCGCGGAGGCGGAAGAGGCCUCGUCGGACAGCUCGUCAUCGAUCGGAGUUCCGGAUGACAGCGAGGAAGAGGAAGAUUUCAAAGGUGACGACGGCGAUGAGGUGCAGAGCAAGUUUAAUGGCGGCGGAGGAAGUGGAGGAGGAUUAGGUUCUCUGGGUUCAUUCGGAUCACUCGAAGAGUCUCUUCCAAUCAAGAGGGGAUUAUCCAACUAUUUUUCAGGAAAAUCAAAGUCAUUUGCCAGCCUGUCAGAAGUGUGCAGCUCUGUGAGUUCAGUGAAGGAGGUGGAGAAGCGAGACAACCCGUUCAACAAGCGGCGGCGGGUUCUGAUCGCCUCCAAGUGGUCGAGAAAAUCUUCCUCUUCCUCCUCCCUCUACAACUGGCCAAACCCUAAAUCCAUGCCGCUGCUAGCCCUAGCCGAAGAAGGAGACGAAGACGAUGACGAAGAACAGAACCGUGACCGACAAGGCGACGGAGACAACGCGUCGCAGCAAUCCUCGUCGGACGAGGAGGAUCAGGAGAGGAGGAGGCCCCCACAUAAACUGCUAGACAGGAAGCUGAAGAGCUUCAAGUCAAAGAGUUGCUACUGCCUCUCAGAUCUGCAGGAACAUGAUGAACAGUAACAAUUUGUGCUAGUUUUUCUUUUAAAUUUUAAUAUUUAGGGUUGUUGGAGAGGGGGGUUUGUGUUGUUUGUGUGUGGGCACUCGGAAGAAAAAUAUAAUGUAUUAUAUAUAUAUUUGUAGUAGCAUGAUUCCAUUUGUGUUUCGGAUAAUUGUUUUUUUAUACUUUAUUUUUAGUGUUAAUAGGAUGUGGAUAAGCAUAUGGUGAUCUGCUGAAUCGGAUAUGUCAAGUAUAAAGACAUGUUUGCCCCUCCA